CAGAUUUGUAUAACAACGAAUAGUUUUCAUUAUUUAGCAUCAGUAGUUUUCUGCGAUGGCCAAGAAAUGUUCAGGCGUCGGUUUCAGCUCGACUUGCUCAAAGCUAUUCGCAAAAAGUUUUAUUCACUCGAAAAGUUCCUCGGAGUAUGUUUCAAGCUGUAAAUCAUUAUCGAAUCAGUUCCACUACUAUCAAACACGUCCAAUAACUUCUAAUGUGAAGCUACACCACUGUGUUAUGUCGCAAAAUAUGUCUCGCAACCGGAUAAAAUCCAGUAGAACGAGUAGAUGUUUUUCACGUCUUAUGAGCUCGUCAGAUUCCACGGGUUCAGAAGUAUCAUUGCUGCCUAAAGCGAGAAGAGCGUUCAUGUAUGUUCCUGGAGACAGUGAGAAAAUGGUACUGAAAGCCUCUCAACUUCUAAUUGACUCCAUAUGUUUAGACAUGGAGGAUGGUGUGGCAGAUUCGAGCAAAGACAAAGCGAGAGAUAAUAUAGCCCAUUCUUUGGAUAAAAUCAAGUUUAAAGAAAGUAUAGAUGUUUGUGUGAGGAUAAAUCCUGUAUCGUCUACGAGGGCAGUUAAAGACCUGGAAGCGGUGUUUGGUAGUCAGAAUGCACCUGAAUCGAUAUGUGUGCCGAAAGUCGAGGAUCCAGCCGAGGUCGACUGGCUUCUUAACAAGAUCUAUGGCCUGGCAAUGGAAAGACCUCCGAGCUAUACAGUGCAUAUAGUGCUCAUAUGCGAAACACCUCGAGCUAUCAUAAAUCUUCAAAGUAUAUGCAACGAAAUGAACGAACUGUCGACAAUGUUGAAUUGUAACUUGGUCCCAGAUGCCAUUGUGUUUGGUUCUGAUGAUUACUUAGCCUCUGUUGGUGCUACGAGGACUGAAGAUGCGACGGAGGUGCUGUAUGUUAGACAGAAACUGUUGAUGGUGGCCAAAAUGUUUUCACUUCAGGCUAUUGACAUGGUUUAUAAUGACCUAGCGAACGAGCAGGGUCUAAUCAAGAGCUGCACAGAAGGUAAGCUGAUGGGCUUCAAUGGCAAACAAAUCAUAAACCCAAAACAGAUCGAAACAGUGCAGACUUGUUUCUCCCCAACUGAACGAGAGAUCAAAUGGGCCACAGGGCUAGUGGCUGAAUGGGAGAAGAUGUCCAGUGAUGGCGUCGGGGCUAUUUUGUAUGAGGGCAAAAUGAUUGACAUGCCUUUAGUUAAACAAGCGAGAAACAUACUGAGAGUGAAGCAAAAUAUGAAUUUGUAACUGGUCUUUUUUCUUCGUUAAAUUUUUAUCUAUUUCAGUGAAAUGAAUUUAAGAAUUUGUAGUUA